AUGUUCCCAUUACUCAAACCUUCCUCAGUUCCGCAGUUAGCGAGCCGUGUUAGAAAGCAGAUUAGUGCUUACGACAUUUUUCAUUUCAGUCUUAGAUGCGCAAGUACGCGGAACCCUCCCCCACCAGAACCAGCUGGGUCGGGUGUUCCUUGCAAACAAUUCACAACGAUUGGAAAGGUAUUCAAGGCUAAUUCGCACAAAAGUCUCGGGUACGGCGAAAAAAUAAGUAUCGUCGGUUUAGACGACAUUGGUACUGCGAUCGUUUAUACUCUACUGGCUAAGGGAAUCACAAACAACAUCUGUAUGAUUGAUAUGAACGAAGAAAUACUGGAGGGUGAACACUUGGAUCUUCAGUCUGGCGCUAUGUUCCUGAAUAAUCCGAAGAUAAUUUCCAGCAAAGAUCCUGCAGACACCCGCGAUUCCAAAAUAUGUAUCAUCACCACGGGGACUUAUAAAGGUCGAGACGAGGAGGACUCGGAAUACAUCGCCAGAAAUGCGGGCAUCGUUAGAGCUAUUGUAGCGCCUCUGGCCAAAUAUAAUCCCAAUGCAAUCUUCGUAGUAGCGAGUGAACCAGUCGACAUUCUUAGCUACGUCGCUUGGAAACUGAUUGGUAUGCCGAAGAACCGAAUUAUCGGCACCGGCACCUUGAUGGACACGGCACGGUUCCGAUUCCUGUUGGGCGACAAAUUCGGCGUCACACCAGAGUCUUGCCACGGGUACAUUAUCGGGCAGCAUGGACAAUAUAGCGUUCCUGUAUGGUCCAGCGUGAAUAUAGGUGGUGUUCUUCUAAAAGACCUGAAUCCUCAAAUUGGUACGGAUAAGGAUCCUGAAUGUUGGUACGAGCUGUAUGAAGAUGCAGUCAAAGCUGAGGGUCUGGUACGUCAGCUCAAGGGCUGCGUCUCAUGGUCUUUGGCUCUUGGUGUGGCAGAUAUAUGCAAAUGUAUAUUUAAUAAUGCUAACAAAGUGCUUCCAGUGUCCACAUAUGUCAAGGGCGAACACGCAAUAAAAGAUGAAGUUUUCCUCUCCCUGCCUUGCGUGGUAGGCUGGAAUGGAGUCUCGGACAUCAUCAGACAAAAUCUUAGUGAGGAUGAAGCAGUAGUGCUGCGUCGUGGUGCGGAAAAUACUGCCGACCUGCAAACUGCAGUUAACAAAAUUAUAUCAUAA